AAGCAGCACCUAGGCAAUCCAUGGAUCCAAUCGCGCUCGCACGUGACCGCGCGCUGUGUGCAAGACGCGACCCUGCAGCGACAGUUACCCAGGGUUGAACCCCGCGUUCGAACAGCACACUCGUUUGCUGGGUGUGACAUAUUGACAUCGGCACCUGAGACCAUCUCUUUGUCCCACCUUCUUUGUAGUACCACCAUUAUAUGCAACCCUCGUCACAUCCCCUUGGUACCCGAACAUCGGCAGCUACAAUACCAAAGAUGCCAGCCGCUGUAUCUGAAGCGCAAUUCGUCACCGCAAACCCAAAGUCGCGACUCUUCAGAUCAUUCAUGCGACAUGCCUCCGCGCCGACGAGCUCAUUGACACUUGAAUUCCGCGUACCAGGCGAGGGAAGCUUCACCAACAGCCACCAACACGCCCUUCCAUCUCCAAAGUCCCCACAGACAACCUCGAGGUCGAAGCAAGGUCUACUCAGUGAGCUAUCAUGGGCGCAAUCACUUACAGCUCGCCUCCGUCGUGACCGGGACAAUUGGCGCUCGCUCGCUCUGAAGCAAGAACAGGACCUCACGGCCGCCCAUCAGGACCUUGAGCACCAAAUUUGCAUUGUCUCUGAGAUUGAGCAGGAAAACGCCAAACUCCGGGUCCGUCAUGAAGAGGAUAGGACAGCUGGCGGGCAACUCUACUCGCGCUUCCAGGUACUCGUCUCCGCGCACGACAAGCUUGUCGAUCAGCUCAACGAUGCCAUGCGUACCGUCGCCCGUCUUAAGAAGAGCGACCGUACCAAGGACAAGGUGCAGCAGCGUAAUUUGAGCUUGAAGGCUACGCUGCAGAUGUACACAGCUCAGGGCACCUCGGCCACUACCCAGGCCGCGGCAGACACCGAGUCUACGCUUAGGGAAGCACUGGCAUUAUCUAAUGAACGCAUUGAGGAGCUUGAGACCAGGGGUGAGGCUAUGCUUGACGCAUUAGAGAGGCGCAACGAUAGUUCUGGUAGUGACGACGAUGAAGGAAUGGGAGAGAGGGACGUCGAACCAGGAUUGUUGGAAGCUGAGGUCGCAUUCCGCGGUGUGCUUGAGGAUGAAUCAUUCAAAGAGCAGAAAGUGCUUUGGCUGGGUCUGCUAGAAGAUUGAGGAAAAGUGAAGGUAAGAGGACGAGCAGAUAUAUUCAGUCACUGGUACAUGACAACGCACAUGCAGUCGCUUUCGACCAAUUGCCUGCUACGACAGAACAGUGAAAGUAUCCUUGGCGCAGUCAAGGUCGUUCGACUGCGGGGGACUGGACGCAGACAUAGCAAUACCGCAUUCAGGCCAUCAUCGUGCGCAUAGUAGGAAAGCGCAGUUUGCGGUGAAUGAGAGCGAAAGCAGCGCACGUGGAAUGCUCAGAACCAGCGAUUCGUUUACAAAGUAACACGGGAAUUGAAACUAUUCGCUACGUUUGAAAUUAUUAGC